CCGGUCGCGCCUGCGCACGGCGUGGGCGUCGCCGUCGCCCCUCCUUCCGCAGCGUUCUCCACUGGCGCCGGGCUGAAUGGCCUUCCGGAACGCCGCGAGCCCCGGUGACUCGCCCUCGUUGGGCCAGAAACCCUCCGCCCGGGCUCGCGCGGGAGGAGCGGGGCCUCUGAAGGCAGCGGCGACCGCGCCGGCCCCGGUCUCUUUCCCUGGCGGCGGUGGCGGCUUCUUCCGUGGGACAAUAUGUUCAAGAGAAUGGCCGAAUUUGGGCCUGACUCCGGCGGGAGAGUGAAGGGGGUUACUAUCGUUAAACCAAUGGUUUAUGGUAAUGUUGCUCGAUAUUUUGGAAAGAAAAGAGAAGAAGACGGUCACACCCAUCAGUGGACAGUAUAUGUAAAACCAUAUAGAAAUGAGGAUAUGUCAGCAUAUGUGAAAAAAAUCCAGUUUAAAUUACAUGAAAGCUAUGGCAAUCCUUUAAGAGUUGUUACUAAACCUCCAUAUGAAAUUACUGAAACGGGAUGGGGUGAAUUUGAAAUAAUCAUCAAAAUAUUUUUCAUUGACCCUAAUGAAAGACCUGUAACCCUGUAUCAUUUACUAAAGCUGUUUCAAUCAGACACCAAUGCAAUGCUGGGGAAAAAGACAGUAGUUUCAGAAUUCUAUGAUGAAAUGAUAUUUCAAGACCCAACAGCAAUGAUGCAGCAGUUAUUAACAACAUCUCGUCAGCUAACAUUAGGAGCCUAUAAGCAUGAAACAGAAUUUGCAGAACUUGAAGUGAAAACCAGAGAAAAAUUAGAAGCUGCCAAGAAAAAAACAAGCUUCGAAAUUGCAGAGCUUAAGGAGAGAUUAAAAGCAAGUCGUGAAACUAUAAAUUGUUUAAAAAAUGAAAUCAGGAAACUUGAAGAAGAUGAUCAGACGAAAGAUAUAUAAACAGUUCUGAAGAGAACUUAGUGAUAAGCCAGACUGAAAAUAAGGUGGACUUUAAUGGAGAAACGGGCUUUAAUGCGAAUGUUGUGAUGUUUCUUAGAGGAACUGCACAUAUAGUGGUCGACAGUGAUUUCUCAGCGAUGGGGUCAAAGUAUUUGUACUGUUCAAGCAAUCUUUGAUGGAAAAUGUAUGUGUGGAAGAGUAGAUGCUGUGUAGUCAUUUUACCAACCCAUUUGAGGGAAAUUCUGAUGUUAAGCACAAUUUAAAAAUAUUUUUAUCGCAGUAUGUGUGUAGCUUAUUAUUAUGCCUUUUGACAGGCAUCAAAAUUUCAUUAUAAAGCAUAAUGUACAAAUUUUGUACUUCUCUAGUAGUUAUUAUUAGUGAUAAAUUAAUGUGUAUAUUUAAUUUCUUCAAAUUCUUACCUAUCCCCAUCCUACUUUUUUGUAUAUGAUGUGCCCAGUCAGUAUUCAAUAAAUGUAGUGUACGGAUCCU